GAAGAAGAAGAAGAGAGAGACAGAGAGAGAAGAGGAAGAAGAAGAAGAAGAAGACAGAGAGAGAGAGAGAAUGGAAUCGGAGAGCAACAGCCCAAACGAAGCCUACAGAGAAUGCCUCCGAAACCACGCAGCAACCCUCGGCAGCUACGCCACCGACGGCUGCGGAGAGUUCACCCCCGACGAAUCAAGCGCCGGCGGGCUAACCUGCGCCGCGUGCGGAUGCCACCGCAACUUCCACCGCAAGGUCUACCUGACGGCCCGUGCCGAUUCCCCGCUCCUCGUCACCUUCGCCCGUGAUUCUUCCGUCGAGCCGCCGGAUUCAGAGCGGACGGCGAAGAAGCGGUCGAGGACCAAGUUCUCGGCCGAGCAGAAGGAGAAAAUGACCAGAUUCGCCGAGAAGAUCGGAUGGCGGAUACAGAGAGGGGAUGGUGACGUGGACGAGAUCGGUAAUUUCUGCAGAGAGAUUGGGGUAAGUAGACAGGUUUUCAAGGUGUGGAUGCACAACCACAAGAACUCGGCCUCUUCCUCGUCCUCGACCGGUGGCAAUGCUUCUUCUCUAACCCAAUAAUUUUAAUAUUUUAGCCCUCUUUUUUUAAAUUUUUAUUGAUUGUAUCCGUACCUUUCUUUCAAUUUUUGGGGGCAGAAAGGU